AGUGGCAGAACCUUCUAGGCUUCCAGCCCCAUCUCUUCUUUUCCAGCACAUUCUAGUAUCCAGUUCUGUUCUACUCCGUCAUAUAAAACAAUCAACCCCGUCCCCAUCAGUCACUUAACAGCGUGUUAAUUUGUAAGCAAAGCAUUUUUUUGUGCUUAAAGAGAUGAAUCGCACUGACGACAAGAAGGAAACGGUGGCGUUCCGAGCGGUGAGCCGCGACGAGGAAGGCCGAAAGAAGGUGGAGAAGGAGGAGGUGAAGACCCUCAACAUAGACACCGUCAAGUACAUAGAGAGGAAGCUCAUGGACAAGGGGGUGCUUCGUAUGGAUCGCCACCCAGUCGACGGCCUGGGGGGUAUCGGAAAGCCACCGCCGAAGUCCGGCCACGGCGGGAAGUACACCUGGGAGGGUCCCGACGACCUGGCCGAGAGCGAGCUCUCGGCGGUGCCGCCGGCGAUUGACGAGAAGGACCCGAACUAUGUGGACGAGGAGAAGGAAGAGAAGGUUCUGAGGGGAGAGGACAGUGACGUGGCAGACUUGGUUGUCGGGGUGGUGGAGGUGCCCAAGGUUGCUGAGGCUAGAGCUGGGGUUGCUAGGGUUGAGGUUGAUCCCCAGUUGACUGUUUGAAGGUUUGGAAACUUUUUUCUUUCUUCUUCUUGGGUUACUUCUGAUGUUUGAUGUGUUGUGGGUUUGAAUAAUCAACAUGGGAAAUGGAUCCUAAUGGAACGAAAUGUAAUUAAUGUUAAAACUUAUAAUAUUAACUUUGUGUUAACGUUACUUAUCAA